AUGAGGAAAGCAUUAGUAGCGAAUGUUAGAGGAACCGACUGGGCUGGAGUCGAACAGAUGAUGCUCGGAUACCAGCUCGGGAGGUUAGAAACGAAAGAGGACAUCGACAGAGAAGCUCUGCAGCUUCAGGAAAGAAUCAAGAAAGCAUGUUUCUUCUUCAUGGGAAUCGUCAUCGGCGAAGUUGUGAAUUUGUUCAACAGUUUAGGCGACUUAGAAGCAACGGUUACCGCGUCAUUUCUCACUUUAUCUAAUCUGGUUUCUAUAGCAAAAUUUUAUGCUAUCGCCAAACAUCAAGAAAAGAUCCUGAAACUAGCAAACCUUAUCAACAGAAAAGAAUUCAAACCAAAAUCUGACGUGCAAUUACUGAUUCUGAAAGAGUACAUCAAAACAUCUAAAGUCAUCUCAGGGCUGAUGUAUGGUGGAUGUAUAUUCACGUGUGUCUUUUGGGCCAUAUAUCCAUUCACGGAAGAUGGUGAUGUUUUUUUACCGAUUGCAGCAUGGAUUCCCUUCAAAACCAAUACUUCACCAAGUUUCGAGAUUGUUUAUGUUUAUGAAAUAAUAGCUACAGUCAUCGGAGGCCUCACUGAUUUGAGUGCCGAUUGUUUGAUAGCAGGAUUCAUUAUGGUUAUUUGCGCCCAGUUCAAGAUACUUAACGAUUCUUUAGUUAAUAUAAAGCAAUUUGCUAUUGAAGAAAUGAACAGCGAAUGGAUGGGGGAUGAUGUAAACGGUGAAAUAUCACCAGUUCUCCAAGAAAUUAUGAACAAGAAACUGUUGGAAUGUGUUAUCCACCACAGAUAUAUUUUGGAAUUCUCCAACGAAGUGUAUUUCUUAUUCACGACAAGUAUACUGGGCCAAUUUGCAGUCAGCGUAAUAAUUAUAUGUACAACUCUAUUUGAAAUGACUUUGGUUUCGUUUCCCAGUGUGAAGUUGUUUUCUCUGAUACUCUACCAGUACUGCAUGCUGAUGGAGAUUUUUAUCGUAUGUUAUUUUGGAAAUGAGGUAAUAUUGGAGAUUCAUGUGACUAAACCUACGUUUCUGUGGGUGUAA